AUGGGAAGAGAUGAGUAUACAGCUUCUUCUUCAGCGACUGCACCUGCGAAGUCCUUCAAUGCUUGGCCUUGUUUGGUGGUGACCCUUGAUCCCCCUUUGCUUGUGCUGCACCACACCCAGCUGGCUUUUGAGUAUUCUGGAAACCAAGACCCUGUGGAAACCAAGACCCUGUAUCCCGCUUUGCUUCGCGCUGAAUUAGAGAUGUUUAUGAUUCUGCGCAUCCCAGCUGGAGCCUUGUCGAAGGUGCUGCGGCGUUUCCCCGGAGCCUUACAGGGCAUCACUUCUCGCUUAAAGGAGGCUGGCAACUUCCUCAUGAUGAAGCUGCCGGUGCGUUACGACGUGGUGAACUCCCUGGAACUCUUUGAGGAUGCGGAUGUCAGCUUCAAAAAGGAGGUAGCUGCACAUGGCAAGCGAUACGUCUGCACCAUUGGAGAAGUGGUGGUGGAUGGUCGGCAGCCCAACGAUUGCAUCUACGUCGUGGAGUAUGGCGUCUGCAGUCUUCAAAACGAGCUCCGGCAAGAACUUGAGGAGGUGUCCUCGGGAUCACUCUUUGCGGUGUCGGACACGGUGUUUGGUAUUUCCCGAACCCCCGGCACCGUGGCGCAGGUGGUGAGUCCCUUUGCUGCCAUCAUGGAAAUUCGGCAGAAGGAUUUGACGGAUGCCCUGCAGCGACACUAUGACAAGAGGAGGCCUCCGCCCUUCAUGGAGGAGAUCCUGCCAGCCGCCAGUUCCCUACAGCAUCUAGUAGCGACCACUGAGAUUUUUGGCAAAGUCUCCAUGAAUUUCAUCCAGGACUUGUGCGCCGGCGCUCAACUUCGAAGUUAUCUUCCGGGACAGACCUUGUUCAUCCAGGCGAAGCAGGACAAGGGAAAAAUGUUCCUGGUCCGCGGUGGUGCUCUUUUUGUGGAAAAAGAUGGUCGUCGCAUGCAUGAAACAAAUACCUGCAUUGGUGAUUUGGUGAUUCUCGGUGCGGAACAUCAGCGGCCCUGCACUGUGAGAGCUCAGACCUUUGUCUUCACCCUGGAGAUCCCCAAGGCGGUCUUCGUUCAGGCCAUCGACAAGCACCCGGAUUCAAGG